AUGGCACUCAUUACUGACAGAUCUACGAACAGAGAGCGUGCCUUCUCACCUCCUCCCAAGGACCGACCUUCAAUAGACUCCCCUCGGAUCCGAUCGCCUCCUCCGCCGAAUAGACCUGGGUAUGGUGGUGGUCGUACCAUCUCUGACGUGCAACCGCUCCCUCCACCAAGUUCCUUUGCUGGUGACUUCGCUGCACGUCCGUCGGCCCCUGGGAUCGAGCGAGGUCAGAGCCUGGAGGCGUUCGAGACCAGUCUGCCCAUGAGGGUAGAUCAUGAAGCAAUGCUGGCAUAUCUCCUCCUUCCUCCCGCUGGAGGGGUGUUUCUACUCAUGUUUGAGCACAAAAGCGACUACGUCCGAUUCCAUGCAUGGCAGUCCAGCAUGCUUUUUGCGGCGUUGUUUGUUCUGCACCUGAUCCUGGCAUGGUCAAAGAUUCUCUCCUGGAUGCUUUUCGCCAUCGACCUGCUUCUCAUCGGGUUUCUGUCACUGCACGCUUACAGAGACGUCGAGACACUGGAUCACUUCGAGGUCCCCUUCUUUGGCAGGCUGGCAAACUCGUUUGUAGAGAACGAGUGA